UAAUCAAAUAUAUGUAAUAUAAACUAUUUUUUUUAUUAACUGCAGGUUGAAUGCAGUUUAGCUUUAAUUAGUCUUAUUUUGAUCAAAUAAUAGUAGGUAUAUAUAUUCUCUCUGGUAUUCGUGUUAAUGCACUCUAAACAUAACAAUGUUAUCAGUAAUACAACAGCUUAUUUCGAAAUGAUAAUUAGAACGCUACGUCACAUUAUUGUAAUUGACAACAGAUGCUUCACAGCUUCUAAUUAAAAGGAGUUCAUUAUUGUUAGUCAUAUCUGUGCUACGGGACAGAUAAUACUUCUUAUAUAGGUAUAGCAUCUCGGACUAGACUUGAAUUUAAGGUUCUCGAUUAUGAUCGAAUGUUUUACAUCCUUAGUGCAAAUGAUAUUACUACAUAAUAAAAAUAUCCGAGCGUUGAUAUUCGUUGCAAAUAUGCUGUCGCAAUCAGUAGAUUCUAAUGAGCUUUCAUCUACGUAUACUUUCAGCACUGUUUCAACGUGUCCCUUGUCCAUAACAGUUUUAGAUUUCAUUCAUAACUUUACUCAAUCCGAUCUAGAAAUUAAAUGGCCCUGUGAAGUACGUUCUUACUGGCUAUCAUUGUUACCAUUUGUCAGAUUCGUUCGUUUCUUGCUUCGCUAUGUAACACCGUUUAUUAUAAUAAUCGGUGUAUUGUUAAAUAGUAUAUCUUUUAGUAUGUUGAGCACACCAGUGUUAUGUGACUCCAAUUUGUCACUUUAUCUAAGUGCGCUCGCUAUAUCGGAUAAUGGAGCAUUAAUUUUCAAUUACGCUGUCAGUGUCGCAAAAUCGCACUCGACAUCCGUUAAUAAUCUCUUUAUGAAUAGCAGAUUCUUAUGCGGCACGAGUUCCGUGAGCAUGGAGCUUUUCCAAUUUACGUCGACUUGGUUGAUUGUUGCUCUGACGUGGACGCGCGUAAUCGCUGUAAUGUUUCCAUUUGGAGCUCGUAGCUGCCAGAAUUGUUCCGCAGUUAUAAUUGUCACAACUUUGAUUUGCAUAAGCUUUAUAAUAUCCUUAACGAAGUUGUAUUCUGUUGGAUAUGAGACUGACAGCGUUUUCGAAUUUGUACCAUGCCAGGAGAAAAUAAAACCAUGGGGUUACGCUAUGUACUUUUACAUCGCUCUGUCCACAUGGCUACCAUUGCUUUUUAUAUCCAUUGGUAAUUUGCUGUUAAUUAUUCGCAUGAGAAAGACUUAUAAAAUUCACAAUGAAUUAACUCAUCAUUUCAGAUAUAAAAGCAACAGAACAUAUAAUUAUAGUAGAACGUUACUUGCGGUAUCGAUUGUACAUUUAAUUUUGUUAUUGCCACUUGGAAUCGUUGAGACAUUGGAACUUUAUUGGGAUGUAAUUUUAAUUAAACAUCCUGCUAAAAAUGCAGAAGAAAAUGAACGCUAUAUACACUGGUUGAAAGAGAAGAUGUUAUUCAAAUGGUGCCGUGGCUUGUUCUUUCACAUAUACCACUGGAAUUUUGCAAUAAACUUCUUUCUAUAUUAUCUUGCAGGAAAGAAGUUCCGAAGUGUCGUAACGCAAACGUUGAAAAAUUAUACGAAUUCACACUUGUGUUAUAAAAAUAUCUUUAAAUGUAACAAAUGGAGUAAUUGUCAUAAACAUUUGACAACAAUACGAUCUUCUAGUACAUUGUGGGCAAGAGCUGUUAUGCGAAAUAAACAAUGUAUCGAUGAUAAUAUUAUAGCAAGUAAUGUUAAUGAAAGAAAUAGCAAUAUUACCCAGUUAUAAAAAUAAAAUGCAUUUUA